CAGUCGCAGGCCAGCAGACCCUCUUUAUUGAUAUAUCAUUUCAGAAGAGUCAAACAUGGAGGCUGCUUUCUCACAUCCACCCCAAUCCACCAACAGUAAGAGGAAAGUGAUCGCGGUGGUGGGAGGCGGUUUGGUUGGAUCUUUGAACGCCUGCUUUCUUGCCAAACGAGGUUUUGACGUUGAAGUCUAUGAAUCUCGGGAAGAUAUUCGGCAGGCUAAAGUCGUGAAGGGUCGAAGCAUCAACUUGGCCCUUUCCCACAGGGGACGGCAGGCCUUAAAACAUGUGGGGAUGGAGGAUAAGAUAGUCUCUAAAGGUAUCCCAAUGCAUGCUCGCAUGAUUCAUAAUGUGAAUGGAAAACGUUCUCCAAUACCCUACGGAAAGAAGGGACAGUACAUCCUCUCCGUGGACAGAGCAAACCUCAAUAAAGAGCUGCUAACAGCGGCAGAAGCAUAUCCAAACACUAGACUGAACUUUAAUCACAAGCUGCAGGACUGGAGUCCAAAAACAGGAACAAUGACCUUUAUUGGAGCCGAUGGCCAGAAGACGGAGAUGCAGGCUGAUCUGAUCGUAGGCUGUGAUGGAGCUUUUUCAGCCGUCAGGAAACAGUUCCUUCGGCAAAGUCGCUUCAAUUACAGCCAGACGUACAUUCCCCACGGGUACAUGGAGCUCACCAUGCCUCCGAAAGAUGGAGAUUUUGCAAUGGAGCCCAAUUAUUUGCACAUUUGGCCCAGGAACACUUUCAUGAUGAUUGCCCUCCCCAACUUGGACAAGACGUUCACAUGCACCCUCUUCAUGCCCUUUGAAGACUUUGAGAAGAUCCGCACCGGCGACGAGCUCCUCAGCUUCUUCCACAAAUACUUCGCUGACUCUGUGCCUCUGAUAGGAGUAGAGGCUCUGAAGCAGGAUUUCUUCCGUCUGCCGGCUCAGGCCAUGGUCUCCGUCAAGUGCUGCCCGUAUCAUCUGUUUGAGAAGUGUGUGCUGAUGGGAGACGCGGCCCACGCUGUCGUGCCUUUCUAUGGGCAAGGCAUGAAUGCAGGCUUUGAGGAUUGUUUAGUUUUUGAUGAGAUAAUGGACAAGUUCAAUGAAAACCUUGCGGCUGUGCUUCAGGAGUACACCAGAGUCCGUGUUCCUGACGAUCACGCCAUCGCUGACCUGGCCAUGUACAACUAUAUCGAGAUGAGAGCACACGUCAAUUCCAAGUACUUCAUCUUUCGAAAAUACCUGGACAAUCUCCUGCACUUCUUAAUGCCAAAGACAAUCGUUCCACUUUACACAAUGGUCACGUUCACCAGAACACGCUACAAUGAUGCUGUGAACCGCUGGCAUUGGCAAAAUACGGUGAUCACUCGGGGUCUGUGGCUGUGUGGAUUUGUGUCUGCUGCAGGCGGGACGUAUGUGUUGGUCAAAAACUCUCACAAACUGCCCAGUAUCUCUGCACAGCAGCUGUGGACCCGCAUACUUGCUUUAAAGCACUUCUGAAAUGAAGAAAACCCACAGCACUGGAAACACACUGCUGUUUAGCCUUGACAUAUCAAAGAAGAAAUAUCUGGCUUUUAAAAUAGACCAAAGUUGAAGACUUAGACCCUGUUUACACCUGGUAUUAGGAUGCAUUUUGUUAUAUCACAAGUAUAUGAGGGAGAACAUUCCUUUUUACACCUGGUGUUUUAAUCCAUCUCUUCUGUCCAGCAAUCUACAAUCACAAUCUACAUCUACAAUCUUGAUGCAUGGCCUCUUUUGCGAUCCAGGGUUUCAAAUGUAAGACUUUUAUAGGCAUUUUUAAGACCAUUCAUUCAUUCAUUUAUUUUUUUACCAGCUUAGUCCCUUUAUUAAUCUGGGGUUACCACAGCGGAAUGAACCGCCAACUUAUCCAGCACAUGUUUUAUGCAGCAGAUGCCCUUCCAGCUCAUUCACAGACAUACACUACGGCCAAUUUAGCUUACCCAAUUCAUCACAUGUCUUUGGACUUGUGGGGGAAACCGGAGCAUCCAGAGGAAACUCACGUGAACACAGGGAAAGCAUGCAAACUCCACAUAGAAAUGCCGAAAUUGUGAAAUCACUACCCACUACGCCACCAUGCUGCUUUUUAAAACCAUUAUAAAAGAAAUUUCAGAUGUAUACACAGCUAACCACUAAGGAUUUUUUUUUAUUAUCAGAAAAAUUCUAGUUAUUUCUCAGCCACAUAUUUUAAACAAUGUGCCAAAACAAGCAACCCCAAGUUGUAUGCAUACACACAUUUUUGUUAUUUUUUUUAAAAGCAUUGACUAUAAUAAGCUAAAUGUAUGCACAACAGUUCAAUUCAACUCUUUUAACAAUGUAGAUUGUGUCAAAGCAGCUUAACAUAGUUCUAGUAAAGUCCAGGUUAGUGUCCUCACCCAAUAUGUUAUGGUAUAUAUGGAGAACUUUUAUACAAAUGUUAUUGUAAGCGAUAAUUAAACCAUACUGCUAAAAA